AUGUCCACCACCACCACCACCAACCCCGAUCCCGAUCUCGCCCAAACCACCCCACCACCCCCAAACCCAGCCUCAACCUCAAUCUCAACCACAACCACAACCCCAACCCCCCCCUCAAACACCACCAUCGACGCCCUCCUAACACACUACCUCACCCUCCUCGACGAGUACACCGCCCUCCGACACACCCUCCACACGCUGCAGACCCGUCUGUACCAGGACCUGGCGCGGGCCAACUUUGCGGCUGAGCGCGGGGUGCGGCGGUACGGGAGCGACUACUAUGAUGGGCGGAUGCAGGCGGGGAGGAGGGUGGUUGGGAGGGUGGUGAGGGUGUGGUUGGGGAGGGUGGGAAAGGGGGUCGGUGGGGAGGGGAAUGGGCAAGAAGGGAAGGGCGUGGUGUUUCGUGUUGCGGUCUACCCUCCUCCCGCGGGACGGGGUGCUGGGGGUGAGGGAGUGGAGGACGGAUCUGGUACGGAGCCGCCGGUUAUUGUGGGUGACGGGGAUGGGGAUGAGGACGUGAAGGAGAAGCAGCCGGAGGGUGGAACCUCAGACGCGGCCGCGCCGGGCGGUGGCGAAGGCGAAAAGGAAAUGGCGAAGCCUGUCGAUCCCCUCCGCUGGUUUGGUAUCCUCACGCCGCUUCCCUUGCGACAAGCCCAAGGACAUGCUAUUAAAGCGGUGGAAGAGAUUAUCCCACGGUUGGCGACGCUCAGCACCGCGAUGGCGGCGGUGGAGCUGGAAGUGAGGAGGGCGAGGAAGAAGAGGGCCAAGGCGGAGAAGGCCGAGGAGAAGAAACUUGUGGCUCUAGAGGAGAAGAUGGCGGAGGUCGAUGUCAAUGCGUGA